UUGAGGUAAAAAUUUCCCGCCAGCAGCGACAAACUGACUUCCCCAAGCACGCUCUCGGCGGUUUCGUCAACGGUCGUCCUCACUCCCCGGCCCUUCCUCCUAAAUCUCUACCUUUAUAGCUGUUAGUUUAAAUUAUUUUUUAACCAGCUGGGAACUGAGGUCGUCCACCAUGACGCUGUUUAUCCUCACCGAAACCAGCGCGGGUUAUGCCCUGCUCAAGGCCAAGGACAAGAAGCUUUUGAAGAGAGAUGAUUUGGCUACUGAGGCUGCUACGGCAGAGGGUGUUUCGAACCUGGUCAAAUUGAAGAGCUUCCAGAAGUUUGACAGCGCUGCCACAGCUCUGGAGGAGGUUGCCUCUCUUGUUGAGGGAAAGGUUACCCCUCGUCUUGCCAGUCUGCUUGACGAGGUCAAGGAUGAAAAGAAAGUCUCUUUGGCCGUUGCUGACCCGAAGCUUGGCAAUGCUAUUGGCAAGCUUCCUGGUCUGGAUAUCCAACUUGUUGCCGACUCGACCACCACUGAUAUCUACCGUGCUAUCCGUGAACAUCUCCCCACAUUAAUUCCGGGCCUCGCCCCCCAGGACAUGUCCACCAUGUCUCUCGGUCUUUCCCACUCACUUGCAAGACACAAGCUUAAGUUCUCCCCCGAUAAAAUUGAUACUAUGAUCGUACAAGCCAUUGGUCUGUUGGAUGAUCUGGAUAAGGAGCUCAACAACUAUGCUAUGCGCGUGAAGGAAUGGUACGGCUGGCAUUUCCCCGAGCUGGCUAAGAUUCUUAACGACAACCUUGCCUACGCGAAGCUCGUUCUGAAGAUGGGCAUGCGCACCAACUGGGAGACCUCGGAUCUUACCGAGAUCCUGCCCGAGGAGCUCGAGGGCUCUGUCAAGGCUGCCGCCGACCGAUCCAUGGGUACUGAGAUCAGCCAGGACGAUUUGGAAAACAUUCAGGCCUUGGCUGAGCAGGUUGUUGGCUUCUCAGAAUAUCGUCAACAACUCGCUGGUUAUUUAACCGCCCGUAUGAACGCCAUCGCUCCUAACCUGACAGCUCUUGUUGGCGAAUUGGUCGGCGCCCGUCUCAUCGCUCACGCUGGUAGUUUGACCAACCUUUCCAAGAGCCCCGCCAGUACCCUCCAGAUUCUGGGAGCCGAGAAGGCCCUGUUCCGUGCUCUGAAGACCAAGCAUGAUACGCCCAAGUACGGACUUAUCUACCAUGCUUCUCUCAUCGGUCAGGCUACUGGCAGGAACAAGGGCAAGAUGGCCAGAGUUCUCGCUGCCAAGGCUUCUCUUGGUCUCCGUGUGGAUGCCCUUACUGAGUGGGACGACGACGCUACCGAGGAGGACAAGGCUGCUCUUGGUACGGAGGCUCGGUUCAACCUCGAGAGAAAGUUGGCUGCCAUGGAAGGCAAGCCUCUCAAGCCCCGCGGUGUUGCAAUCGCUCCCAACGGUGCAUCUGCACAGCCCCAGAAGUUCGAACUCAAUGAGGCGAGGAAAUACAAUGCCGAUGCUGAUGCCGUUGUUGGUGAUGAGCCUGCCUCUGCCAAGAAGCAGAAGAAGCUUGUCGAGGAGGUCCAGGAUACGGAGAUGGCCGAUGCUGAUUCUGAUGAAGAACCCCAGGCUAACGGAGCCGAUUCAUCCGACGACUCUGAAGAGUCGGAGAAGAAGCAUAAGUCUAAGAAGAGCAAGGACGCCGAACUCGAGAAGAUGGCUGAGAAGGCCGGGUUGAGUCUCAAGCGGUACAAACGCAAGCUCGAGCGUGGCGAAAUUCAGUUCGAUGCGGAAGGCAACCCUAGCUCAGUCAGCAAGAAGGAUCUGAAGAAGGCUAAGAAGGAGGCCAAGAAGGCCGACAAGGGCGAGGAGAAGAAGCGCAAGCGGUCCGACGACAACGAGGACGGCGAGAAGAAACAGAAGAAGAAGAAGAAGAAGGACGAGUAAAUGAUAUCAAAAAGUUUAAACUGAUGGAUCGCUACAUUAUUGUAUGAUAUCACACUUUGUGGGUUCAAUUUCUUGUCAUUUGCUUGAAGAUUUUCUAUUUUUUUGGGUGGCAUUUAUAGGAUGGAAUGGUUCAUCUAUCCAUGGCGCAGCGGU